UUGAUCAAUUAUCUAUAGAUUUAAAGCAGUUAAUAACAUACAUACCUAGAGAAUUUUCUAGGAAACCAAGAGGUUUAGAUGAAUUAGAUCGCUGGAAAGCGACAGAAUUUAGACUGUUUCUCUUAUAUACUAGUCUAUCAAUUUUAUGGUCAUAUUUGCCAAAUGAUUAUUUGAGACAUUUUUAUGUUCUACAUUGUGCAAUUUAUAUUCUUUGUAAUCCUGCCGAUUGCGAAUACAAUAACGAAUAUGCACAUGAAUUAUUAGUACAUUUUGUACAAACAUUUAAAAUGUUAUAUUCUGAGAACUACGUUACAUACAAUGUACAUAACUUGGUUCAUUUACAUGUUGAUGUUAAGAAUCAUGGGUGUCUGGACAUGUUCAGUGCUUUUCCAUUCGAAAAUUAUUUUCAAGAAAUGAAACGAAUGCUACGAAAAAAUGCACAACCGUUACAACAAUUGCACAGACGAUUAAUGGAAAAAUGUCAAACUGUAAGAAAUAUUGGGUAUAAACCUGAAGAAUAUCCCAUUCUUCAAAAUGCCAAGAACGAAGAAUUAUUGUUUGGAUGUACACAAUCUCAUAAAGAAAUAAUAUUUGAAAAAUUUACACUAUCCUGCAUCAAAGAAGCCGAUUCUUAUUGUUAUAUGAAUAACAGAAAUGUUCUCAUGAUUGAAUAUAUUGGAAAAAAGAAUGGAGAAACAGUAAUACUUGGAAAAAAGUUAAAAAAUUUCGAUAAUAUAUCUUCAUAUCCAUGUGAUUCGCGAAAUUUGAAAAUCUAUGUCGGAAAUGAAUGGUCUGAAAUUGGAAUGUAUCCAAUAAGUCAAAUAAGCGCAAAAGCAAUGCGACUUCCUUACAAAGAUAUAUUUUGUAUAAUUCCUAUUCUACAUACUAAUGAUUGAAAUGUAUUACGUCGUAUUUUGGGACGAAUACUGCCAAGUCGUUCCCGAUUCUUGGGUAAACUUUAAUGCAAAAACAUUUACGUUUCCAUUGUCUAAAAAAAAUAUUACCAAUACAAUAAAGAAGAAGAUAAGUCCUGGAAAUGAUUGGAACAUCAGUCAUUUUCAUAAAAUUUUAGGACCUUACAAUACAUUUGAUAAGGCUCAGGAAGCAGAAAAAUCUUGUAUUGAUAUAUCCACUUCGGAUGAUAUUCAAUUUGCUUCUUUAAAUGAACCAAUCCAAACAUUGCCUCUGAAACGUUUGAUAACGAAAAAAAAAUUUUAUGACGAUGAAUCGAAUAAUUACGUGAAUAAUUGUAAUAUUUCCAAGAAAUAUAAAUCAAAUCAACAUCCCCCAUCAAAUUAUAAAAUACACGAAGGGAUUGGAGCUACAUCUACAAAUGUUGAACUUGAGAAAAAUUCAUUACAUUUUAGAUCAGUGAGUUCGGAAUAUAACGUGCAGAAGCGGGAGGAAGAUAAAAUUUUAUCCGUCAAAAAUAAUCCAUCUAAUUGCAAUGUCCCUUCACCUUUAAAUGAACACCAAUUUUCAAUUCAAGUUUUUCAUGAGGAUGAGCAAGAUGAUGAAGAGAUGACGGAUGAUACUAAUUCUCGUGAUUAUGAUCGGAACAUCGAUAAUAAGGAAAAUGAGAUAAUUGCGAUGAAGGCUCUCCCAAUUACAGAAAUGAAUGUAGACGAGGAUAUACAUGUAAUUAUAAGUUCUUUAUAUGAAAAAGUAGAUACUUUACAUCAAGACUUUCAACAAUUCAAAACAGAGAUAAAACACGAAGCAGCUAAAAAUAACACAAAAUUGAAAGAAAUAGUUGCUAUUUUAAGAGAAAGUUUCCAAAGAAAUGAAGAAAAUGAAGCAAUAACUAUGGAUUUAAUGCCUGAAUUUCCAAUGACAUCCGUCGAGGAAUACGUACAAUUUAAUGAAACAUUGAAAAAUGAUGAAGCAAUUCGUAAAUGUUUUGAAAAGAAAAUAAAGUGUAUUGGUGGUGACUCUACACAAAAAAUGAUCUCCAAUAUACUCACAUAUUGCAUAACAUUUGAUGUAGGACACAAGUUGACUUGGACUGGUGCAAAAAAUACUAUCGCAAUCGAAAAUACAACUUUUGCAAACAUUAUAGUUAGUACUGUCAAUCGUACAAAAGGAAAUGGACCUGACUGUACCAUUGCAUUGAUUGUCAAGCAUGUAAAAAACUGGCUGCAACAUGCAGGUGAUAAAAUGAGAUAUCGAAACAAAAAAGUGCAACAAUAAAUUACUCUGUAAUUAGUAUACAGAGUGCCCGAUAAUUCCGCUAAAAACCGCGAUAUAAAAAUAGAUUAAGUGAAACUGAAAAAACAAUUCCUCUAUGAUUUUGCGAAGAACGACGUAAAAUUGUGUUAUUAAUUAAAGAAAUUAGCUAAUGAUCAAUUAAUUAAUAAUUCUAUAUUUUAUGUGGUUCUUCGCAAAAUGAUAUAGGAAUUUUUUCUUCAGUUUCACCUAAUCUACCUGUACAUCGUGUUUCUAAAGCGAGUUACCGCACAGCCUGUAUAUUUAAUAAUAAGAAAUUAAUUAAUUAUAUCUUGCAUGGGCGUUGCCAGGAGGAGGCAGAGGAAGACGGUCCCCUAAACGUAGAAAAAAAUUUAUUUUUUUAUACGAAGGCGCUGAAGUUUUUUUUUUAUUUUUUACCGGCAAUAAAGUGAUAAAAUUUAUAUAAUUUUUUUGCAUUGAAUGCUUAAAUUGAAAGAGGUGGCUUGUGUAUGGUCUGCCUGAAAAAAAAA